AUGGCCGAGUUUCUUAAAGAGACGCCCGCAGGCCAGUUUCUACGCCUGCUGGGGUUUCGGUCUGAUGGCCUCUUGUAUCCUGAGGAGAAGCCGGGCUUCGAGCCCACCAUGGUCCCUGUCGACCGCGACAGGUCACCGUCUCCCGCCGAAAGCGACCUGGAGAAAAUCCUGCCCAAGCAAUCUGCCACCGUCCGCACAACCGAAAAGGACGAUACAACAGUGACCGUCUCGGACAAAGACUCGGAGUAUCUUGUCGUGUCCUGGACUGAUGAGAAGGAUCCCGCAAACCCUCGGAACUGGUCCCAGGGCAAGAAGCAGUGGACCCUCUCAGUGGUCAAUCUGUACACGUUCUGCGUCUACUGCACAGCGUCCAUCAUCACGCCGACUGCGGGAGCCAUCCAGGUGCGAUAUGGUGUCUCUAUUGUGGUGGCAAGCCUGGGACUGUCCAUGUAUGUUGUUGGCUAUGGUCUGGGACCCAUGUUCUUUUCUCCCAUCAGCGAGAUCCCCCGAAUCGGGCGGAACCCCCCUUAUCUCUACUCUUUCGUGGCAUUCUUCGUCGUCUCCAUUGCCCUUGCCUUCGUCGACAAUUUCCCUGCCAUCAUUGUCCUUCGAUGGCUGCAGGGUCUCUUUGGCAGCCCAGCCUUGGCUAGUGGCGCGGCUUCGAUCGAAGAUAUAUACGACAUCUACAAUGCUCCGUAUGGCUAUGUAUGGUGGAUUGCAGCCAUGUAUUGCGGCCCUGCUGUCGGCCCGUUGAUGGCUGGAUAUGCUGUGCCUCAUGAUUGGAGAUGGCCGCUCUACGAAGUCAUCAUCAUGUCGGGGAUCAUUCUGUUGCUGUUGCCAUUCCUGCCGGAGACCUACCCGGGUACCAUCCUCCUCAACCGAGCAAAGCGACUUCGGAAAGCCACAGGGGACGACCGAUACCGGGCAGAGAGUGAACUGCACCCUAUCCCCUUGAAGACUCUCCUCCAGGAGUCCCUGAUCCGACCGCUGGAGAUCACCAUCAAAGACCCUGCGGUCCUCUACGCGGCACUCUACGGCGGCCUCGUCUACGCGACGUACUACUCCUUCUUCGAGGCCUUCCCGCUGGUCUACCUCGGCACCUACCAGAUGUCCCUCGGCCAGCUGGGCCUGAUAUUCUUGGGAUUGAUGACCGGCUGCAUCUUCGGGCUGACGUGCUACUACGUCUAUCUCCGCCGCUGGUUCAUCCCCAGGGCGCGCAAGUACCACGCCGAGAAGGGCAAGGCGGUCGAACAGGAAGAAUGGCUGCGGCCGGGUAUGGCCGGCGUCUGGGGCCCUCCCAUCGGCUUGCUGGUGUUUGCCUGGACGGCGCGCGCCGACAUCCACUGGAUCGCCCCCACGAUCGGCAUCAACAUCUGGGCCGCCGGCAGCUUCUGCAUGUUCCAAAGCAUCAUCUGCUACGUCGCCCUGGCGUACCCCAAGUACGUCGCCUCGUUGUUUGCCGCCAACGACUUUGCCCGCUCCAUGCUCGCCGCGGGCUUCGUCCAGUUCUCGAGGUCCAUGUACGUCGAUCUCGGCAUCGGCAAGGGCGUUACCGUGAUUGCGGGCCUCUCGGGCGUGGGCGUCGCGGGAAUGUAUGGCCUCUACUACUUUGGCGCGUUCCUGCGUUCCAGGAGUAAGUUCACUGGCUGA